UGCGCACGUUAUUUUUGCAGGAUCUUAUCCAGAGGCCAGAGAACGUUACAAUGCUCAGAAAUCUCCUUGAAUGCCUUGAUACCAGUAGCGAGACUAAGACACGAACAGUACUGGGACGACAAAAAACUCUACGUCGUCGCGGUAGUACUGCCGUGCUGGUUGACUUUAGGAAGAGGUAUGGCGAAGGGCCACUGGAUGAGACAUUUGGAGUGUGUAUGUCCGGUGGGGGAGUCCGCAGCGCAAUGUUCUGCGCCGGUGCAUUUGAAAGUAUUCUGGAGCGGGAUCUAGAAGUGGACUAUCUGAGCACGGUGAGCGGAGGCGGAUAUGUUGGCAGCUCCUACAUGGACUGGAAGUUCCGCAACGGAGGCAAAGAUUCGCCCGUUUGGCAUCAGCGCUACUUCCGUCACAUAGUCGACAAUUUCGUGCUGCAGUUUGCGCGUUUCGAGAUCAGUAACUAUCUAGGAUGUCUCGAUAUGGUGUACAGAGCGUUCGCAUUGGCAUGGGGUGUGGGCUUCAUGACGUUCUGCGCACCAUUCUCGAUACUCUUCUGCAUCCAGUUGCUGUACGCAACCACCGUCAAAGAGCCAGUCCGCAGUUUGUUUGACGUACGACCUCCGUCAAACAUUGGAUCGCACUUGCCAGUGUGCCUAUUUCUGUUGGUGACCUGCUUCCUCUUGAGCCUGUUCUCAAACUGGCUGAACGAGCUAUUGGAAUCCGGGAGAUCAUUUAUGUUGCGGCAUUACGUUCUCAUUUCGCUAGUGGGUGCUCUGUGCCGCCAUGGACUUAUCGCGUCUCUGAUCUGCGCACGCCGCGAGUAUGCCGAGCUGUCGGAGUUGCUGUGCUCGACGUGCGAGGCAACUGACGCCAUGUCGUCGCGAGAGUGCACGGUCUUAUCUCUGUUGUUUUCCGUCGCUCCGCUGCUCGUCAUAUGGAUCUGUACCAGACUGCUUCCCGCCAGUGAUACGUCUCGACUGCCAAUCUACAUAGUAUAUGUGUCUUUAUCGGUCUUUAUCUUGGAGAGGGAAGUGUUCCUGGAAGAAUCAGAAAAAUGGCACAACAUUCGCUACUUCAUGAUUCUGUGUUCGCUGCUCAACCCAAUCCUGAUGGUGUACCAGCAGAACUUUUCUUUCCUUGCAUACAAGGGCUGUAUGCGAAGAGGCUUCUUCCACCCGGACGGCAACCUCACCACUUCGCUAAAGCAAAGGUUCUGUCCUUUUGCUGAAAGCUUGGUGCGGGAACGAGGAUUCUCGUCUUGGUUGUUUGGCAAAGGUGGCCAUGACAAACGGAUUGGGAACCAGCAGAAAGAUGAACUAAGAUUGGGUGACCUGUGCGACAUGAAGCCGGAAUGGAUAUGUCAAAUGACGCUGAACAAGUGGAAGUAUGAUGCAGAAGAUCCGCGAGACAUCAACUGCAAAUGCUUAACGUUGUCCAAUAGACUCGUUGAUAUCAUUGACUACCGUGAUGCUGACAUGUCCAAGUACUUGGAUCUGACUCCGCAGGAUGUCACCCUCAGUACAGCUAUGACCAUAAGUGCUUCCAUGCUAGCUCUCUUCACAGGUCAUCUGACGGGUACACUGAUGGAUACGUUGCGUGAACUGGUCCUGUUCGUUGGCCUGCACGUCGACACGCACAUACCCGCUUGGUUCGUCGGCGAGCACCGGACAAAGAGUGUCUUCUUCUUCAUUAAGUCUCUGCUGUGGUCAUUCUCGCUUCAAAUGCUUCUCUUUGCCGGACUUGUUCUGCCUCACCUGUUUCCUGACCUAGUCGUCAGCCGAACACUGUUGUUGAUUGCUGGCGCUACUUUUGACCUGGUGUUCUUCCUGUUGUCGCUGUUUCCGUCGUCUGAUCAAUAUCGUAACAGCACUGGACUAACAAAGACUGUCGGAAAUAUGGCAAGAAUGCUAGUAACGCACUGCACACCGUCACUGCUACUGCGAGAGGUGGUGCUAGGCGACACCUGCGGCAAGUAUCCUGACUUUGUGCUGAACCUGUCCGAUGGCGCACACCUUGAUAACCUUGGCUUGCUGCCUCUGCUCCGACGACGAACUUCCAAGAUAGUCCUCCUGGAUGCCUCAGCGUACUACACUGGCGAUCAUUCAGAACUGCUCACGGUGGCCAUGGACUUUGCCAGGCAGUGGCUCGAGUGCCGGUUCAAGACGCUGACAGGAGAGGAUGUCGACGAGGACUUGAUCCGGGCGAUGGGCGCGGCGACAGGCGGCAAAUCACCACACUGCUACCGUCUGGUUGUGGAGUAUGUGUCCAGGCUCGAGGAUGGUGUCUUGGAAGUGGUUCAAACGGGAGAGAUCCUGGUGGUGCAGCCGCGUCACCCAGACGACCUUGUGGAGAGCAUGAAUAGCGGACCAGUACAGGAUCACUGGACCAAGGAGUAUGCGGAACGGCAAUGUGGCUUCUUCGCCAGACGCUGGAAUGGCUAUGUACCCUCGUUUCUUCGUCCCAUUCACGGAGUGUACCCAAACUACCUGCCACUGCAUCUUGCACCUACUGCACAGAUGUGUGAAACGCUAAUGGAAGAUGGAAGGAGAGCAAUAUCCGCCCCAGCCGCCAUUUUCUUUCUGAGAAAGGCAAGUCGUUGUUCUUUGGUUCCUUCGUAGAACAUGCAACGAUAACACAAUCUGAGCACUGUUUAGUAAGUCGGUACAAACUCAGAGGGAGCGAAUGGAGCAUUCGUCCGCCAACCUUUCACAACUGAGACUUUCGGUCCGUGCUUGUCUUGGUUGCGCUCACCUUCCCUGCCUAUGUUAUCAUAAAUUCGAACUGUCCAAGUUGGAAGGUUGUUGGUAUUCGCAUCCAAGAUGUGCUAGAGCUGAUAGCCAGUUAGUUGUAGAACGUCAGUACCGUCGGUCAGUGUCGUGCAAUGUUAUCGCAUGAGCUGAUUGCUUAGAAGCUGCUGGUGGUGUUAGUGAACAUUAAAGCGUAACUUGUAGUUCCUUGGUCCUUUUUCUUUCUAUAAAUUUAUCCCUGGCUCUCCAUCCUAGUGCAGAAUACCAGCGCCGUGCCAUGUCGUAUUAUUAAAUCGCACUGAUCAUUCCUUGAACAGCACCUUGUAAGAAGACCUUAGGGUCUGCCGGGAAUGCCCAAGUAUAAUAAUAAAAUGCAAGACUAAAAAAACAGGUGGCACUUGUCUGCUUUAGUAGUUUGUUUGACACCAGUGCUUGCAACACACUGUUAUUAAUUUUCAAUGGGCCAUUGCUAUUGGAUCAUGUUAGGCUACAGUAUUUUACGCUGAUGUAUGUCGCCAUCAUCUUAUCUCGCCUUAUAUAUACUUUAUGCAAUGCCAGAAUAGGAACCUGCCGCAGUCCACAAGGUUUUAAAAAUCAAGCUAAUGUUCUAUGCCAUAUUUGUUCCAAUUUGUCUUCCCUUGGCUGACUCUGCUGCUGGCUGACCUCAAAUUUUGAGCGCCUGAAAUUAGAGUGUCCCGAAGCGAUCAA